GUUAUUUAGACAAGGUCGUACGCGUGUGACUUUAGUUUGAGUUGUGUGGUGUACAGAAGGGGAGACACAGUGUACAAUAUUCAUACUUAUUAAUAUUAUAAACACAACAAAACAACUCUCAGAUAUUUGAAUAUCAAGAUGCACAGAGGAAGCCGUAGUAGACCCUCUUCAGCUGCAAGCCACUCAGCUCCGUCUCACACUGGCCCCCCUGCACAUGCUCCCCCCUCGGUGGCGGCUCCAGCCCUUAAUCAGCCGCAGCAGCCCGGGCUCAUGGCACAAAUGGCCACGACAGCGGCGGGUGUGGCAGUGGGGUCAGCUGUGGGGCACGUCGUGGGCAGUGCACUCACUGGGGCAUUCAGCGGAGACAGCAGCUCUGAGCCUGCAAAACCAGCCAGCAUGCCCCAGCAGCCAGCGAGACAGCCUGCCUACCAGCAGCAAGGCCCCUGUCACUUCGAGGUGAAACAGUUCUUGGACUGCGCCACCAACCAGGAUGAUCUGCACCUGUGUGAGGGGUUCAGCGAGGUGCUCAAACAGUGCAAGCUCUCUCAUGGUGUCUCAUCGCUGGUUUAAUGUGAAGUGCUUUACAAGCUGAUUCAGAAGAAAUGGAAGGAAACACACAUCACAAGCAACUGACAACUAGAAAACUGGACUGGAAUGCAGCCAUAGAGGACAAAAAAUGCAUUGUUUAAAUACUGUAAUCAUAGUCUUUAAAUCAAUGUCUUUUUGUUUAGACACACAGUGCUUUUUGUGGGAUUUGUAUAAACAGGUUGUAAAUAAGAGAUUUUUAUCCAAUGAGGUCUGUGGAUACAUUAUUACCUUUUCUUUUGCAUCUAUUUCUUAGAUGUAUGCCAUAGCCAUGUUUUCUAAAUCUAGAUGUGAUUGCUUGUUAUUUAUGUUAACUAUUUAUAGGCAUACAAAAUAUGAACAUCUUCUUUAGUAGCUA